AUGAGGGUUGACCACACUCAGGUUUCUUCUUCUUCGGAGCAAUCUGAUGAAGCCAAUUAUUCAACAACGCAGACAGAUGACGAUGAUGGUGGAUUGAAUUCUACCAAUUUCAUGGAAAGUAAACUUGAAGCUUUGCAUUUAAAUGAUCAUCAAAUGAUCCAUCAUGAGGAUCCCGAAGAGGAAUUAUUGCAUAAUAUUGAUCACUUUUUGGGUGUACCCAAUGAUGUUUGGAUUGAUCAUUUAUUCUGCUUUCUUACUACCAAUCAAUUGCUAAAGGUUAGGCUCAUCACUAAAAGUCUUUCCAAGCUUGUAUGGUUUUAUUUCAGAAAUUUCAAAACAACCUAUGCGAUUCGAGUAGGAACAUCAAAUGGUAAAUUUUCGAAUAUUGUGGAUCACUUCUUGGUUCAUCUCAAGAAAUUGAGACACAUUCGUUAUGAGGAUUACAAUUUAGUCACCACUCUAGCGUUAACAGAUUUCGGUUUCACAGAUCUGGGAAGAAUUACAACACCAAUUGAAACUCUUGACUUGUCAGAUGUUGAAGAUAUAUCUGGCUCUUUUUUGGGCUCAUGGGGAAAGAUGAACAGCGUGCUGACACAAUCUCUUCGAACAUUACGGUUAUAUAACACCGAAUUCCCUUUCUUUACACAUUUUAAACACUUUAAGAACUUGCAAGAGCUACAAUUGUUGAGAGACAUUGAAAGAAUUGAUUAUUACGAGGAAGAAAUUCAACAUUUGCCUAUAGAGCUUCCCGAGUCGCUUACGCAUCUUACCAUUCACCACCCAUUAGUUUCAGAGCAUAUCAAUAGUAUUAUUGAGCAAUGCCCAAAUUUAACAAGCGUUGCAGUUAGCAAUGAAUAUCUACGAGACAAGGAUAUCAGCGCUCUUUUGAAAGGGCUACCAAAGCUGGAGAAGUUUAAAAUCAUAGAUAUAACAGAUGAAGAAAAUGAUGAGACUCAUCUUAGAGGAAAGUUUUAUUCGACCUUCAAGUCACACUCCUUUAAAAAUCUCAAGUACUUAUCGUUAGUUUGGAUUUUUAAUGCAGACACUAAGAUUGUAGCAAGCCAAAAGAACCUUGGAUUACUUCCAUCUUUGGAAACACUUAAAUUAAUUAUGCAAGGAAAUGAGAAUUGCAUCAUCGACACACUUGUCACAACAUUAGCUAGCUUAACCACAUUAACAAGCCUCUCAUUGUUGUUUAAGCCAUACAUGAAAUUGGAAAUGACAAGCAAGAGUUUGCUCAGAUCUUUGGCCUCCAGCUUGACAAAACUCGCCCGAAUUGAAUUUAUAGAAGGUCUUAACUCUGCUAUUUCCCAAGAUUUUUUGUCAUCACUCAUCGGAAGUUCUUUGGAAGCUCUGGCUCUCGCUGCUACUGAUAUGGUGAACAUUGAUUUUUCUUUUUUGAAGAAGUGUCUUAAAUUGAUAAAGCUUCGAGUCGAUAUUGUGGGUUCAGAAAGGUCUCUCAAGAAUAUUUUCAGAGAGUUCCAGACUCAAGCAAAGCUUAUCGAACAAAAAGGAGGAAAGCUCGAAUUACCAUUGCGGAAAGUAUCAGGAGCAACUAUGGUUGGAGGCCUUAUUCCAUAUAUACCUCGAACAAAUAUUACCAAAUUGAGCUUAUUCCAAGUUAAAAUCAAAGAUUUAAUGAUUCUGUGCGAAUUUAAAAAGCUCACCAGCCUUCGUAUCAACAUUUCUGAAAAGAUUGACAGCUUUAAGAACAUUCGUUUUCCAGAAAGUUUAAAGAAGCUAUACUUUGAUCUAUGCCCACAUAUAACAGGAUUAGAACCUGGCUUUGUUGAAAAUCUCCUCUCUCUGACCAGAUUGAGAGAUCUCCACUUUAUUGAAUGCAAAUUGGUUUGUGAUGAAUUCGUAGAGCAAAUGCUUCCUUUGAAUGAUUAUGAACUACGAUCUAUCUUCUUUGAAGAGGUUGAUCAGAUAACAAACAAUGCUCUGCAUCACUUAACUCGGUUCACAAAUUGUGAAGUAAUAGUUUUGAAACACUGUCCAAAUAUCAUUACCAAUUCUGACUAUUCUAUUAUCAAGCAAGAAAAUCCUCAAAUAACGGUCAUCUUUAGCGAAACUGAAAACGAGGAAACCGAUGUGUUGCAAGAAUUUAACGAUUUAUGUGAAGAGGACUGGCUACAUGGAAAUCUCGUAGAUGUUUACAAUAGAUUAGAGAAGAGGGUGAAAGAUUUAACAAGCUCUAGACAAUUAUUUUUAGCUCACUGCUAUAUUAGAGCUUACCUCGUUAAAGAUCAUCUAUCUGCACCAAAUCUAUUCUUUUUGUGCUACAACUAUUUAGAUACUCUACAGCAUGGAAUUAAUAUUGGAGACAUUGAUGGCAUCACUCUUCGAGUGCUUAAUUGCCUUGAUGAGUUAUUGGAAAAUGAACAUAAUUUCUCCAAUGAUGAAAAGGAAAAGACACUAGCCUGCAUCAGCAAAUGUUUAGAAUUUCUCGUUACUGGACAAGAGUUUGCGAAAGCGUGCGAGAUUUUAUUGAGGUUCAAGAAAUAUAAAUUAGUGAUGGAUGGUAUAUUCAAACUUGAUGAAGUGGCUCACACUGGUGGAUUGGAUGAGCUAAUUUCGACAAUCAUAGAUAUUUGUUUGGAUGGCACUUUUGAUUUGUUCGAUAAUUAUCCUACUUUUUACAUAAUUCAGACUUUGGAUAGCUUUGUUCAAUAUUUUUCACAUAUUGGAAAAACAUUGGAUCUCAUACAUCAUGUUAUGAAAGUGCCAAUGUUUAGAAGCCAUUCUGCGUUUUUAACAUCGUUGGAUGCUAUGGCAAAAAGGGUGAAUCCAACCGACAACUUUGCUGCCUCUCUUCAACCUGAAAACAUGCAAAUUGGAAAUAUUGAUUCUAUUGAAAAUGUUAAACAGUUCAUUCCUCCACAAUUCAAAGAUCAUUUUACCUAUGUGGCCACUGUGAAGGUUCCCAAGGAUCCUUCUCACGUUCUAAUCAAACACUACAGAUCUGAAGCAUUUGAGGCAUUUGGAUAUUUAUGGACACUUGAGUUUGGACCAAACGAUUCUCCCGAAGAAAAUGAGGUUGCACAGUGCUCGCUUUACCUCACCCUUCUAUCUACAAAACCAACAUCAGAGACAUCGCUUCUCUUUGACCACAUCAAACUACACUACAUGCUGUGCAAUCAUGACUUCACUCCUGGGUCGUAUUUAGUUUAUACCAAAAACUACAAAAUGGCUUCAUCUUCGUAUGGUGAUUUCUUUGACAAGAGAGAUGUCAAGUAUUACAGCAAAACUGAAGAAUAUGAAAUUUACAAGUUUGUUGUUUGCAUGAAAAUUAUAGAUAUCAAGCUUGCAAUUCCAAAUGAGUUGAAUCCAAAGCUUCCACCAUGGAUAUUGAACAAUCAAAAGGCACAACAUCCUUUAUCGAUCCACACAGUGACAGUAUUGUCUUCAGGAGCUAUUGAAAAUGGAGACGACUGCUACUCGGAUCCAUUUGAAGCGUUUGGUUUUAAAUGGGGUAUUUGCUUUUAUCCUAAAGGAGAAACAAAGUCUACGAAGGCUGAUACCUCUGACGAAUGCUCAAUAUUUCUCGCCUUACUAAGCUUUGACAUCAAUUCCGAAAACGAGGGAAUUUUGAGAGAUGAAUUGGAAUAUGUCAAAGUUAGGUUUUUGUUCGCCAACGAGAGUUAUGAUUCAGAUUCAAUUUAUAUUGGAGGCUCAACUUACAAUUCUCUCUCAUGUGCAGGUAACUCUGUUUAUGGCAAAGAGCUAUAUGCUCCAAUCACCUAUGAAGAGAACGGUAAAAUUUAUAGCAAAUAUGUAAUCAAUGUUGCUAUUCAAUUGGUUCACUGGAAACGUAGAUUGACAGAACGACAAACAAGUGACGAGAUAGAAGAUCCCUACCACGACAGUGAGGAUGAAUAUUAA